AUGGUCGCCCAGCCCCCUUCAGCCAGCGCUUUCGCUCGAAAAGUCGUGAACCCCCUUGGCUUCACCAAAGUCUACAACUUUUGGCUGUACAUAAUCUUCGGCGGAGCACUCACUGGCUUCGUCCUAGCCCGUCUCCCCUACCUCAACUUUUCGCACAACUUCUGCCCGGCCGAUGGAACAAGCGAGAGCGGAAACAGUACUGCCCCCGGAGAAUGCUACUACUACCUCAACUCUACCCAGUACAAAGUCGGCAUCUUGCUUCAUCCCGGCGGUGUUCUCCCCGCGAGUUUAAUCGCUGUAGCACAGUUCACCCCGUUUAUUCGGCACCGCUGGAUCCUCAUCCAUCGCAUCGGCGGAUAUGCCGCACUCCUGCUCUUCCUCGUCAGCCUCGCCGGCGCAUUCAUGAUAAUGCGCCACGCAUUCGGCGGUGGGCUGGACGUACAAGUCGCGCUCGGUGUUCUGGGCCUGAGUACGCUGGCCAGCUUCACCAUCAGCUAUGUAAACGUCAAGCGGCUGCAAAUCGAACAGCAUCGCGCGUGGAUGCUUAGAGGAUGGUUCUACGCAGGUGCUAUUGUUACACUUCGUAUUAUCCUUAUCAUCUCCGCGCAGAUAACCGCGAAGAAGGGAUACUACGUCGUGUGGACUUGUGCGAGGAUCGCUGCGACGGUCGCCCCGGACGUUGAGCUUGCGACGGCGUAUCCAGCUUGUGCGGCGUAUGCUGAUGGGUCGGAGCCCGAUGCGGUAUCAGCCGUAGCAGCGACGUUUGGGGCCGGCGACGCAGCGAACACGGGCGCAGCAUUUAAUGCGGGGUUCGGUAUGGCGCUGUGGCUCGCUCUUGUGCUGCAUGCCGUUGGUGUCGAGGUUUAUCUGCACUUGACGCCGAGAGAGGCACAGAGGUUGAGGCAGGUGAGCUAUCAGAAACAGCUUGAAGCUGGUAUGCGGAAUCCGGGUUCGGCGGGUCUGACGGCGGAUCGCUUGGGGGAUGCGUAUAGGUGGGUGCCGGAAGUACGGGAAGAUCAACUUAGUGCGAGUUCAGCGGAGGUUGUGACUGUGGUGUCUGAUGAGAUGCUGGCGAGCAAGUGA